UCUAAACAAACUUAAUAUACGCUUCAGAUAUCUUGUCUAAAUAUAAACAACAAAAGGUAAUUAAAAAUGGGUUUGAUCCGAUCAUCAUGCUUGUUCAUAGUCUUCUUUAGCUGUCUCUCUGCGGUUUAUGGCCAAGGUACAAGGAUCGGGUUCUACUCGACCACAUGCCCUAAUGCCGAGACGAUUGUUAGGACCACCGUGACAUCUCAUUUCGGUUCAGAUCCAACGGUUGCACCAGGGUUACUGAGAAUGCACUUCCACGAUUGCUUCGUCCAGGGUUGCGAUGGUUCGGUGCUUAUAUCAGGACCUAACACCGAAAGAACCGCCGGUGCAAACUUUAACCUCCGUGGCUUUGAAGUCAUUGACGAUGCCAAGGCGCAGCUCGAGGCGGCGUGUCCUGGUGUUGUCUCUUGUGCCGAUAUUUUAACCUUAGCGGCUCGUGAUUCUAUCAACCUCACGAAAGGAGAAAGCUGGCAAGUCCCAACAGGACGUAGAGAUGGACGAGUUUCUUUGGCAACAAACGUUAACAAUCUCCCCUCUCCAAGUGACCCCGUCGCCGUUCAACAAAGGAAAUUCGCCGCUUUCCGUCUCAACACUCGCGAUCUCGUCGGUCUCGUCGGAGGACACACGAUUGGAACAGCUGCGUGUGGGUUCUUUACGAACAGAAUAUUCAAUACAACCGGAAACACAGCAGAUCCAACAAUGGACCAAACAUUCGUACCACAACUUCAAAGACUUUGUCCCCAAAACGGCGACGCAUCAAGGCGUGUGGAUCUUGAUGCCGGAAGUGGCAAUACUUUUGACACAUCCUUCUUCAACAAUCUCAGUCGUGGCAGAGGAAUUCUUCAAUCCGAUCACGUUCUUUGGACCAAUCCGACGACUAGAUCGAUUGUGCAAGAGUUCAUGUCUUCUAGAGGCAACUUCAAUGCUCAGUUUGCGAGGUCGAUGGUUAAGAUGGGUAAUAUCGGUGUUAAGACUGGAGCAAACGGGGAAAUUCGUAGGGUUUGUUCGGCUGUUAAUUGAACUGAUUGAUUAAAUUUUAUGGCUAACAUAUUUCGUGUGUUUGAUUUGUUUAGUGUGAUUUUAAUUUCAGUAUUGUUGUCAAAUAAUAUAAAAGAGCCCAAAAGUGGGUUGCUGGGAAAUUGUACCGAGCUAAGGUAUUCGAUUCCUUUGGUUUAAUGUGGUCCAAUUAAUGAAAUGUAAUUUAAAAAAAAAAACUCAAAAUAGACGUUUCUAUUAUGAGUCCUAAAU